AUGGUAGAGUUGAAUUUAUUUCUUGAUCUACAAGUUCGUCAACUUGAAUAUGGCAUAUUCAUUAACCAGGCCAAAUACACUAGGGAGCUGCUAAAGAAAUUUGGAAUGGAAAGCUUCUCAGCUUCAACUACUCCAAUGAACUAUUCCAGAAAGCUCGACAAGGAUGAAGAUGUCCAGAGUGUUGACAUAACUACUUAUAGAGGGAUUAUUGAUUUUCUGCUCUACCUUACUACUAGUCGGCCAGACAUCAUGUUUAUUGUCAGUGUCUGCGGAAGAUUUCAGGCUAACACUAAACAAACUCAUUAUGUUUGUGCUAAGUGUAUUUUGAAGUAUUUAAAGGGAACUCAAAAUGUAGGACUGUGGUUUCCGAAGGAUUCCAGUUUCAAUUUAAUUAGCUAUUCUGAUGAAGACUAUGCAGGUUGUAGGAUUAAUCGAAAGAGUACAAGUGGAACUUGUUAG